AAAGGAGUAAAGAUAGCAUUUGUAAACCGUUCGGUGCCCCUUCUUUGGGCUAAUCUGUUCUUUGCUACUGUUUUGCUAAGUGCUGAAGUUGGUCAUAAAGUGGUCUUACCUUUGUGGGUUGACUCCGCAAAUGGCACCGUCACUGGCGCGACGAUGAAUCCUUAUUUUGCUUUAUCGUUCUCGUCUAUAGCUUUCUUUAUACUUUUUGGACUUGGAACAAUGUUCAUUCGAAUAUUUUGGCCCGGAGAUAUAGGCGAAACAGAAAAGCGUUUUCCUCGUCUUCUGCUGUUUUUAGUUGGAAGUUGUGAUGCCCUGAAUGGCGUGCUUAUUGUUUUUGCAAGCAAAGGAUCGAGGACACCUCCUUAUCUUCAGGCAAUUCUGGGAAACUUUCUUAUUCCACUGACUGUUUUAUUUAGGUGAGUGCGUUCAAAUCGGAGUUCACAUUUUAUUUUUUACAAAUACAUUGAUUGAACGCUUGCUACUUUUGAUACAUCUAGUACAGCUAGUAACAUUGCGUGACGUAGCGAGUAAAUGGGUUUAAUCCCCCUUAUCUUGGCUUAGUAUCGAGGAAAAAAAGAAAUAAAAUAAACUUGAUUGUGCUCUAUUUUGUGUUUCUGUGUCUUAUUGAAGCGAUCUGGGUUUGUUUUGUGAUCCUAUCACAACCUUCAGUUUCCCACAUGAACCCUGUAAAUCGCCACGUAACGCAAUAUUACGCGCCCGUCUAGAUGUACAGUAGCACCGCGGUAACUCGAACUCCCCGCUAACUUAAACUAAGUCCCAUUUCCCUUGCGUGUGACCCUACUUUGCAGUCACUUUUGCUCGGAUAACUCGACUUCACCGCUAACUCCAACUAAAUCUCGUUUCCCUUGAUCAAAAUUUACCUCGAUAACUCGAAUUCUGGUUCUUGGAACUCACCACGAAUGCCAUUCCAUUACCUUUUCUUAUCGUGCAAUCGGUAAGAUCCCUAAAACUAGCACUUUUAAUAAGUGCAACAAACAGUUCACGUAUUUGACAAUCAUUUCCCGGUAUUAACAUAAAAUGCAUAAUCUUGUUACAAUUUCUGAUGAGAUAAGUUUAAUUUGUACUGAAAUAUCAGUAAACUAUUAAUAAUUAAAACAUGGAAAAUUGAAGAUUCAAUCGACCCCAAUAACUCGAACCCUCGCUUACUCGAACUGUUUUUCGUUUCCCUUCACAGUUAAAGUUACCGGGGUUCUACUUCAUAUUUAAUUUUUAUCAAAAUAUCACGCUCUGAUUUGAACACCAACUUGUUCCGAAAAAACUGUCACGUUACUGUACAGUACAAGGAAGAUGAAUACGCGAAAAAAAUAUCACGGCUACUAAGUAAAAUCCUUAAUUGUUUCACCGUUUUUUUCGGUCGAAGGAGGACAAAAAUAAAGCCCUCAGCGACUGGAGCGAGCCAAUGUUACUACAGCUCCACAGUUUCUACAUAUUUUUGCCGUUCGUUAUCUGUGGAAAAUGUAUGUAACGGAAUAAAUACCAAGUCGUUACACACUGCGACAAGCGACAACGUACCGAAUGUCCUCAAAGCACUUUUCCGGUUUCUGCGGCUUACGCAAUCUCUUUUCCAGGGUCUCCUCGGACUUUUUGCGCACACACGACAUAGGAUAUUCUUCAAAUGGGCAUUAUUUGUUCAUAAUGGCCCACUUCAUACAAAAUUUUUGACAUCCCACAGACAACCCCUGAAAGAAGAAAAGAAUGGUCAGCAUCAAAUUUCUCCUUGUCAUAACAACGCUUUUUAAAACAAAGUGGUCAUAAGAAACGAACUGAGGACACGCACACAUGGGGCUAAAUAUAUUCAAUAAUGUAACAUCUCCCCAUUCUCUCGGAAAUUUAUAGGGGUAACAAAUGAGAAUGUAUCCUCACUAUCUUUUGGUUUUCCAACGAAAUAACCCACGAGGGUUGUUGGGAGAACAAGAGCAAAGUUUACAAGCCUUUCGAGAUGGUAGACUGUUCACAGUCCCCUAUUUUUCCGUGUGAUCGUCGAGAUCGAGCGCGUCUUACCGUUAAUGGCGGCCAUCUUGAUUUUCAGUCGUACCGAGUCUAACCUGGGGAAGAGUAUCAAAUCUACUUAGGGCUAUAAUCCCCGACGCCCGCCCCCUCGGUACGACUGAAAAUCAAGAUGGCCGCCAUUAACGGUAAGACGCGCUCGAUCUCGACGAUCACACGGAAAAAUAGGGGACUGGGAACAGUCUAUCGAGAUGGUGGCGUGGGUCAAUUAAUAAUGGUAAUAGGACUGAGUGGAGUCCAAUUCGGUCUGUAAUCAUACUCCAGUGAUUAACAAAAUACCGAUUUGUUUAAUCCACAGGCGGCCCAGACGUAGUAUGUGUCACUGAAUGAAUAUAUUAAUAUUCACAUGGACAAAUUAAUGCGAUGAGUCGUCGAAACUCCCAUGGACCUAAAAUAGUCCAACAGUCAAAAUAUAACAAAACAAAGCUAAGAUACCUUCAACUGAACGUAUCCUUGUCUUUCCUGGCCGGUUUAAGUGGCAUUUUGUUGAGUUUUGCAAUUGUAGGUACUAUCCACUAAAGAAGAAUUAAAGGCUGGCUACAAAACAAACAGACCAUCUCCACGCGCCUUCACACGAAGCGCUAUAAAUUCGAGAAUAAUCGACGAAUCCGCUCCAAAUAACCAUCGGCUAAUCUGCAAGUAACGUGUGCUCCUGCUUCUGGCUUGCUUGCUCCACAAAACCCAUCGCAACUGCACAAUAAUUGCUCGCUCAUCAACAACCACUGUUGACCUUCACGCUUCGAUAUGACCGCAAACGACCAGGUUUAAUACGCGACGUGAAUAUUCAAGCUUAGCGACCGCGUUCGCGCAACAAUGCAGCACUUGCUAUGGGAGGGAUGGUACUAUUGCUUCUAGGUCAAUCGACUGACCGAAGGUUCGCUGCGUUAGUUUUGACCAGAAAACAAAAGGCGAUCGCGGGACCGUCCGUAAGUUUUCAACAGGGCAGCCCUGGUAUUCAAGUUCGAAUUUUUCUAACGUUCGCUGUCUCAGCUGCUGUCACAUUGUUCGUCCGCCUUAUUUGCUUAGAUUAACAACGUCUUACUCCAUAAUAUGUUGUCCAAACUGGUGAAGGAGGACGAGAAUUUUCCGCCCAGCAAAAAGGCAAAAUCUGGCCCCCGCUAUGAAGCUGAAUAGAAGAUACAGCUGAAGAUAUCGUAAAGUAAAAUUUAUGUGCGCGAUAUCUCUUUUUAUUAUUAUUAUUAUUAUUCUCAAAACUCAGGGGCACCCAACGAUGAUUUGCCCCUAAAUGCAUUGAAAACACAUUUAAGGCUGUCCAGAGUACUUUUAACCGAAAAAUGCAUUCUAAACAGCGCUUACAUCAAUUUAGUCAGGAGGGCUAAAAGCGAAGCUAAAGAUUUAUAGUUUGCUCAUACUAAAUAUAAAAUAUAUCGUGUAAUGCUAAGCGGAGAAGGCAACGAGACAGGGCCACCCAACGACUGUUUCCUCAAAUACUUUCAAUUGAAAACACUUUUGUAGCUAUUCAUAAAGUACAUUUAGCUCUAUAGAAAUGCAUUCUAAGUGGCGCUAUAAAAUUUGCAUCUCAGUGUUCGGCGCCCGGCCAUUCUAGAGGAACUUGAGUCUUUUCGAAAUUACGAGGAAUUCAGAAUUAUUUUCCCGAAAAUUUUAGAUGCAAUUUAACGUAUUACGAAGGAGAUAAUUUUUCAGAUACCUUCUUUCAUCACUUUUUUGAAUCCGAAAAUUUUAGGAUUCCAUUUUACUCUCUACGAAAAAUAGCCUAACCCGGUGAGUGAAAUGUGAAAAAUUAAAAGUUGGAUGCCCUUGACCAGAGCUGUGAAAAACAACAAUAGGUCUAAUUGCAGCACACUUUCUUGUACAUUUCCUUGCCGUUGAUUUGCAUGACUGCAACGUGAAACGUCCAGAAAACUUCCUGGUUUUCACUUUUUAUGGAGAAAAUGUGGUACAUGUUCUUGUUCACUUUUUCCACUGCCCAGCCACUGCCGCUCAUUUUUUUUAGCUCCGCUAUAAGAUUCGUAUCUGUUCGGUGCUCCUAGGGCAAAUUGGAUCUUUUUAAAAAUUACAAGGGCUUCAAUAUUAUUUUCCCGAUUGAUUGACCUAGAAGCAAUAGUACCAUCCCUCCCAUAGCAAGUGCUGCAUUGUUGCACGAACGCGGUCGCUAAGCUUGAAUAUUCACGUCGCGUAUUAAACCUGGUCGUUUGCGGUCAUAUCGAAGCGUGAAGGUCAACAGUGGUUGUUGAUGAGCGAGCAAUUAUUGUGCAGUUGCGAUGGGUUUUGUGGAGCAAGCGAGCCAGAAGCAGGAGCACACGUUACCUGCAGAUUAGCCGAUGGUUAUUUGGAGCGGAUUCGUCGAUUAUUCUCGAAUUUAUAGCGCUUCGUGUGAAGGCGCGUGGAGAUGGCCUGUUUGUUUUGUAGCCAGCCUUUAAUUCUUCUUUAGUGGAUAGUACCUACAAUUGCAAAACUCAACAAAAUGCCACUUAAACCGGCCAGGAAAGACAAGGAUACGUUCAGUUGAAGGUAUCUUAGCUUUGUUUUGUUAUAUUUUGACUUUUGGACUAUUUUAGUCCAUGGGAGUUUCGACGACUCAUCGCAUUAAUUUGUCCAUGUGAAUAUUAAUAUAUUCAUUCAGUGACACAUACUACGUCUGGGCCGCCUGUGGAAAAUACAAACGAAAUGUGCUCAUGCCUCCUGGGCAUCCUAUAAUACUCCUUAAAUCGAAUUAAUUCAAUAUGGCCGCCGUAUCGGUAAAAAGGUCUGUUACUUACGCAUGACUCGUACUGUCCUAUUAGGGAUGGACCAUUACUGACGGAGGGUUGGGGAUUUUAAGAGAUGCAAGAUAUUUUUUCGUACAUGUAAGGUGGAAAUCUUUUUUUUUUUUACCCGAUGGCUGGAAUUUUUUUUUUUUUUUCAGUAGGUGAAACUUUCGUAUGUUUCAUAUGUCACAUUUAUACUGAAUAAUAACAAUAAUUUAAUACGUUAAUUAAAUUCAUAAUAGACUAGAAAGCUAAGUUGGGGCGGUUCCUUUGACGCGAUGAAUAAAGUAAAACAAAGAUGUAUUACAACAAUAUUCUUUGUCGGGUUCGAAGGAACUGAUGACUGGCAACACAUAUUAAAUCUAUAAUAAACGGUGGUUCAGUUAUUAAAUGUCACACAAUCAAGAUGUGGCUAAGAUAUUUAACGGUCUAGUACUAGGAGGAAAAAUCAAACUAGUCCAGAAUAGUUGGCCUGUAAUUUCAGUGUUCGUAAAAGAUCUAGAACAUACUCACCUGACUGGGGCCCGCAUGACGCAGGACUUUGGUAGAGGAAGAAUGUCUGGGUUGUUCAUUUUAAUUUAUGUCAACAAAGAAAGUCAGUGUAAUGCUAAUUGUUGUUGUGGAAAGCACAUAUCUUCACUGCAAAGAGGUUUGUGAAUAUGUGUAGUAUUAAUACGUAGGAGAACUUUCAUUCCAAAAAGUUCCUAGCUCUUUGGUCAGUAAAUAUUUGUGAAUAAUACAUGUAAAAUGUUGAACUCUUCAAUUUCAGUGUUUAGCCUACAACUGUUUUAAAUCACGUUUUAUUCCCAAUCUGGACUUGUAAUUCACUUCAUAGUUGAUCUGUAAUAGUGUUACCCGCACAGAUCCUCCUUGUAUCCUCCUUGUGCAUAUUUUGUUUGGCCAAAAUCCGUAGGAAUAUAUAAAUUUUUUCAUUAACAACUUCCUGGGGCCCCACCCGCUCCCCCCCCCCCCACCUCCCCCACCAUCACUUUUCUAAUGGUCCAUCCCUUACACUGUCCUAUUAGUGCUGAAAUCAUGAUCAAUACAGUUGAUAGCGAAUCAGAUUUGAGAAUUUUGUUAUAGUUAUGAUUAAGCGAGGAAGUGUGGUUUUAAGUGCACCCAUCCACAAUCCAAGGAAAUAAAAAGAGAAUUAUUCAUACUACUUUUUGCUUAUCUCUUCGCAGUUUUUUUGACUCACGCCUCCCGUGGGGUUAAACGGGCUGUACGUGUCACGGCUACCUUGUUCAUUUUGUUUUUAAUGCCAGAUACGCGUCUAGUUUAUUCGCUAUGAAACUUGCGAAAUAACCUGUGAAUGGCAAAAUCACAGCUAUGUCGCCCAAGCAUUUUGUCAAACGUCACAAAGAACAAAAAUGAACUUUGAAAAACUGCAAUUGCAAUCCGUUUCAAUCUUCUUCAAGUUUGUCCAUCCUUGACUCCUUUUUUAUUUGUUGCGUGAUUUAUACCUUACUCUUACCUUUUUGAAUGUUUUUUUUUAAGUUUCACUCAAUUUGGCGGCCGUUCCCUCUGUUUGAAUGUUGAUACAUUUCAUGACACAACUCUCUUAAAGUAAUCUUAACAAUUGUUCAUUCUACUGUUUAUUUAUUUCUUCACAGAUUUCUGAUUUUACGCAAGAAGCCUACUUCUUUAAAGCUGUUAAGCGCUAUAGUCGUGGCGGCUGGUCUUUUCAUCACUCUUAUUCCAACAAUUUUCCCAACAGUUGGUGGGAAAAACAAAGCCGAGUCUGCCAAUGAGAAUGGCACCAUCUCCAGAAUCAUGUGGCCAAUAAUAUUCAUGCUUGGAUCUGUAAGAAAUAUCAAUAUGUAUACGUAUUCAUUUACUUAGGUUCGCCUAUUCUUGGCAGGGUCACUGCAACAGCGCGUGGCGCCAAUUACUGCCGGCCUGUAACAGUCCCCCUCACCAUGAGAGAUACACCACACCACCGGGGUCUACGUCCCCUACUCUUAACGAACAGUAGUAGUUUUUAUAGUUAAACCUGGACAUGUUUGGGUUAGCUGACGGUGAAAAUAUCAACAAGACAAACUCGGUGUGAGUGAUGUUUUGGUGUCACUGAACCUAAACGGCUACGAUCAGUAACGCGCCGCUGGUUACCUGACACAAACAGGGCAUUCAACGGCACAUAAAAAACCCAAGGUCAGCUAUGACCUCCCAAACACGACCACCUGUGUAAAUCGUACAUCCGACAAGGCCAGGCCAACCCUGGGUGCUAGAGUUUUUUUCCCUAAUUCGUUAUAGUUCGCGCAUGUGUUAUUUCUAUUUCAUCCAAGGUAUUUCGAGAAUGGACCUCUAGAGCCAGGGAAGGGAAAGCCAAGAAUAUUCAAAAAACGGAAUUAAACAAAUUCUCGAGCCAUUAGCUUAAACUCAAGCACGAGUAAAAACAUAAGAUCGAAAAAAGGAAAACACUCAUGUGCAAUAAAUCCUGACUGACCUUGACCAACUUAAUGAGACAAACACGAAAGUUAAAUGAUACCUAACAGCAGAUCUUAAAAACGGAUACCCCACUUUAAAAUACUUCACAACAGUAAAAGCCACCUCUGCUCAUUCCCCUGAUACCCUUUCUCGCCGCUCCCCGGAGGCAUUUUUUUCGCUCUCCCCAGUCUACCACGGCAUGAAAAGGCCGCAGAAGAGCGGAGCAGAGAAUGAAGUCGUCGUGAAGAGUAGCAUGGGAUAGAUUAUGAUUUCUGAUAGAUAACCGAUCGUUUCUAGUUUUAAUUUGUGUCCGAAAAUCUUAGCUUCCAGAAGCUCUUAUGCGCGUCCUGGAAGAGCGAGGAGUAAAGACAGAGAGUGGUACAUCAGGAAAACAAAUCAACUUGGUGUACUUUUUAUUUUGGACAUCAACCUACGAACUUCUCUGCAUCGUUGCCUUGUUUUGGACAGAUAUUCUCCCGUGGUAUGGAGAUGUCGACAGCAUAAAGAACUUUGGAAACAGGUAUAUAUUUUUUGUUAUAGACCCACGGUUUUCUCUUUGUCUUCUGGAAAAACAACUCAAAAAUACAGGUGACAAUGCCAAAUGUUAUGUAAGGUAAUUUAGGAUAGUCUUGGAUUCUGGCAGCCUCGUUCCCAGUCAUCCUCGGUGAUUUGGGAUAUGACGUAACCUGCCAAGCUCGGUUCCAAGCCUCCUCCUGGGAUUCUGGAGUUAAUACGGAUUCCAGGUGCUGGAUUUCGGAUUCCUUCUCAGUGGAUUCCGGAUUCCAAGUGUAAGCGGGAUUCCGGAUUCCUUGAGCUCUUUUCCGUAUUCCACAAGCCGAAAUUUUUCGGAUUCCAGAUUCGACAAGCUUAAAGUUUCCGGAUUCCCGAGUCCGGAUCACCUUACUGGGGCAAAACAUCUUCAAUCCUAAAAUAAAUUACCGGUUGUAAACUAGGCUAAUGUGCCUCAACAGGUGACUGGCAUAUCUGCUUAAGAAUUUAUCAUUUUCUCUGAUAUUUCAGAGUCUUAAGACUAAAACAUUCAGACAAAUGCAUGGAAAAUUGAAAACUUGAAAAUUCAGCGUAACUACGUCCCUCUGAUUCCUUUGCCAAGCAACAAAAACGAGCAACUUGUUUAGAACAUUGCUGCAAAACAGGUACACAGGAUUUGCGUCUCUCGCUGCAAAACAAAUUUGCCUUGGGCCGGUUAAACUUUCAACAUGAACUGAUUUUGUUGCAAAAGGUAGAACUACUCUUUUCCUACUGUAAUAGUUUUUGCACAACCUACAACCUGAUUUGUUGCAAGAAAGUUUGAUUUGUGGGUGGUAAAACGCGCAACAUCACUAUUCAACUCGUUUUACACUCAAUGGCCAAAACCAAGUUGCACGUUUUUGUUUCCCGUUUUAUCAUACCUGUUCCUGACUCAUGUCUCACGUUUGCAGUUGGUGGUCAGCAUUCCAAUGUUUCUUUGGUGGAGCAGGUUGUAGUGAAGCCCCAGGCAUUAGAGGAACCUUGUAUAUUGCCAUGCAUGUAAUAUCUCACCUCGCUGGCGCAAAUCUGCUACGACAUGCGGAAGGAGCUACUUUGCUGGCUAUUGUCACGGUGAGAGGCUUAGGUAAAAACAAAACAACAAGCUCGUUUCCGUAAGGAGCUGGCUACACUGGUACCCGCGCACUAGUGGCUAGGGACAGGCAAAAAUGGUUGUGUUCACACCUUGGAUAGCCAAUAUGUGACUGUAUACAUUAUUUACUACUGCUAGAUGCCAUCAUGAAACUUUACUUUAAAUUAGCAAGCGAUACAAAGCAGUGGAACUAGCAAAAACGGUGUGCACACAAAGACUCGGUUAGCACUAUUGUGCCCUAGAAAAAGAUGUCAACCUCGUACCCCACGCCCGAAUUUCGUAACAGCGCGCGCUCCCGUUGGUUAGUUCGAGGUCACAUGACAUCUAACAAUGAAACUGUUUCCCACCAAAAUCUCUGAGCGGGCAACAUUGUAAAAUCUAUGACGUUACGUCACGUCAGUGCACUGUUAUGCGCGAAGGUCGACUGACGACCGCCGUUACAGCGAGGUUUAGUGUAUUUCCAGCUUCAAAAUUUCCAUCUAUAUAACAAAUCACUUAAAGUCUGGCCAGUUAGGAAACAGCUAAUUUUGUUUCCCUCGAAUUUCAAUGUUUCCGAAACAAACUUAACUGUUUCCCUCUGGACCGGUCAUUUAUAAGUGUUAAGUGUCUGAUCCAGUUUCAAAAAGAGAAAGAGAAUGGUUGCCUUGUGUUUACUUCCUCUAUAAAACGUCAAAUUAGGAAGUUUCACAUCGUAUUGUGCAGUGAAGGCAAUAGACUGUUCCAAGAAGGGUGAUAAGUUCGUCGCUGUGUUUUUUUCUCCUCCUGUCUAGUAGACGAGCAGCGAUGGAAAAGCCCAAGGGUAAAGAAAUCUGUCAAAAAGUGCAAUGCACAUGGUGCUUUUUUACGCCGGUGUCGAUGCUUUGGCUGUGGUGGUUGCAUAGUUCUUUAGCUGCCACCAUUUCAAUCAAUACUUGAUCAACCCACGUUUUUGUUUGUUUUAUAGUCGCUGGUCACUCCUCUGGGAUUCAUUUUUUGGACUUUAUUCCGUGAGACUCCAUUCCAAUGGCACCCUGCGGCUCACGUGAGCACCUGGUUCAGUAUUGGCGCGCUUGUCAUCAUGGUACCGGCUAUUUUCGCUUACAACAAGGGGUAAGAAUAAAUUACUCUUCACAAGGCUUUAAGGAUUAAGUAAUCUCUCAUUAUUGCUGAAUGUAGCCGGGUUAGGAAAGAUAUUUUGUCAAAUUGGCCACUGCCAGAAAAGAAGUGCCGUAGAAAUAGGAAAAGUAUUAAAGCAUUUUUCACAGUAGCAGUAACAAAGGGAAAUGCAGAAUUUGCCAAUUAAGGAUGUGCUAUAUUUGUCUAGAUAACCCAUCUGACAGCUAUGAUCACACUAGACAGUGAAUAGUCUCUAUUUUGCUUGAUAAUCUGUGAGUGAGCGCGAUAUGCGAGUGCCUAAGCAGCAAAGCCGCCAGCAGCGAGUUGGGCGGGCGCCAGUGACGAGCGCCCGCAGAACUCGCUGCUCGAGGGUUCGCCGCUCGCGCACUCGCAUAUCGCGCUCGCUCAAAGAAGACACUGUUCACACUCUCACUCUACACAACUCCUAACUCCUAACAAGUACCUAACGCAUUCAUAGGUAUAGCACAGCCCAAACACAUGUGUCAAAGAAAAAAUAGAUGGCCCCAUAACGGUUGUGAUGAAACAUAUCGAUCUCUUGAAAGCCAAAUCAAGACAUUGUUUGCUUAUUUUUAGGGCGCCAGAGAUUUCCUUGAACCCAGAUGGAAGCAGUUGUGAUGAGAAACUCUGCAGUACCCGAUCUAGGUUGGAAUUCCAGCUAUCAAGAACCGGCCCAAGAGAACCUCUCUUAUCUGAGUCUAAACGACAACCCAAAUACAGCGUGUUUGAAGCUUAAAAUUUUGCGGGGUACCAAUAUUGAUUCAAGUGGAAAUACCCUAUCCUCGCAUUAGGUAUCAUACGAAAUUGAGAAACGUUUAAUUUUGUGAAAGACCAAAUUCUCCUGAUUCUCUUAACUGCAUAAGGAUAAUAAUGAAUAUUGGUAACACAAACGCUAGCGGGCUUUAGCAAAUGACUGAGACAAAUUAAUCAAUUGAAUAUAAAAAGUUAAGAAUUCCAACUAGCUGGAGGAGUCACGAGAAGAACUUUCCCCAAAUCGACUGGAGCUGAACGCAUAGUUCAGCGAAUUGUUAGGAACUUCGACUCUUGAUAGCCUUUUCACAGAUUUUUUCUAUUAUUAUUUUUGGAAAUGUGCAGGCCGGUUGGAUGUUUCGAUGCGCCCGCGGUACUCCCCACCCAACGGCAGGGCGCACGGGUUUAGCUAUUGUUAAAAUGGACCAAUCGCAAGCCAGCCCGCAAAAUUUUGGCAGCCCUCUGACUUAUCAGUUUAAAACUAAUGCAUAAAUUAUGAGAGGGACGCUAACGUAAACAAACAUGGCGGACGAUAAAGAAUUUCUUAGCGAGUUUAAAAAGGCUGUUGCAUUAAAAAGGUUUUGCAUUGAUAAUUUUAAGGAUAACCAGAUACUCCGGGAGUACCGCGGGCACAUCGAAACGCUCAAGGCUGGAGACUGAGGCCUAGACAAUCUGGUAAGCGCGCGACAGCGAGCGCGGAGCGCGAGAACGAGUGCUCGACGAUCUCUUAAGAGAAAAUAGAGAGUUUGUGUAGCCUCUUCACAGAUCCUCUGUUUUCUCUUCAAAGUCCGUCGAGCGCGGGUGAUAAAUAGAAUAUCGGUAAACCGCAGGGGAUUUAUUAACCGCCAGCGCAAGAGGGUAAUGGUGGGGGAAGAAGAAAACAGACGUUCUUUUUAUUUUUCUUUCUCGGGCGCUCUCUUCGCUCGCUGAUGUUUUCGAAAAGAACUAAAAGAAAAUUAAAACAACGUCUGUAUACAGGCCAAGUUUGUGAACUGAGAGGAAGUCUGAUCCACGAUUUAAAUAAGUGAAACUGUAAGUUGAUCUUAUUUUCCCGUAAUUUUGUUUGCAUUUUAUUGUGAUUUAACUGUGAUUAAACACAACUCAUGAUUAAAACCGUACGCGCUCACCAACCCUGAAGUAAUCUAUAUUUUUUUUUCUGCGAUAACCCAACUUUAUUCAUUAUUUUUUAUCUUUCUUUCAACCACAUCUGAGAUGAUAGUCUAUGUUCUAAAAGCUCCUUUCCCUUUCCCUUCCCUCUCCUCGCGAUUUUUUCACCCUUUCUCCAAACAGAGAGCCUGUUCACAGGCAAUGUUUGAUGGGCUUUAUUACCUGGCCGGGUAGACUUGCCACAAGUCGACCUCUUGGCGAGCGGAGCGAGCCUUUUUUGGCCGCAAAGCGGCCGACCGCGAGCGAUGAAGUCGCGAGAGGUCGUCCCGUGCCAUAUGAAAUCCGGCGAAGGACUUUUUUGAAAGUCUACUGGCCGGGAGCGCGAAAAAAGAGCAAGGUGAGAAAUCUUGCAUCGUCUCUCAUGUCAAUUUUUUUUUCAUCGACAAGUUUAUACUUAUUUUGCAAACAGUGCCUGUUUUUAAUGCUUAUGCGCAAAUAAAUCUUCCAUCAGCCAAGGGUUUAAAAACAGGCCGAAAGAGCCGAACAGCUCAUUGUACAGCACAAUGGGAAUUUGACCGAAGCUACUGCCGCAGUAAUAAACCACGAUCUUGUCUGUGCGUUUAUUAAAGUGAGCGCAUUGUCUGGAUUUUGUUAUAAACCCUGUAAACCUAACCUCACAGUUUUAAAAUCCAAUAUGAUGUUGUCUAGAUCUUCGUUGAUGGUUCGGUGUUUUGGUAGAGAUUUAUAACAAUUUCCUUCCCUCACGCCCGACCUAUCCAAUCGAACAAAACCGAACAAAAAACCAAUCGAACCCAAUCGAACUCCAAUCGUUCGAUUGGGUUGGGCAAUCGAACAAAAUCGAACACCUAUUUUGCUGUGAGUUCGAUUUUCGAACCAAUCGAACCAAUAUAAUCGAACAAAAUCGAACUAAUCCAAUGCAAUUGUCUCUUGACGCCUCAAACUGAGUAAAACACGUGGAAUAUAAUCAUUGUCAGCUUUUAUUGAAUAAACAGGAACUGAACAUCAUACUGCAAGAAUGUCAAUGUUCGAACAAAACAAAACAAAUAAAAGGCAAUUUCGAUGACUGUUAAGGUACUGUGAUUGUUAAAAGGAAAUGCUUCUCAACAGAGAAAAAUCGCACCAUUUCAACAACAGCAACACAGGCAGUUGUGUUUAAAAUUAGUUUUAUAAUAAGCAGAAGGGACCUCGCUGCAGCCAUUACUCUCUCCAGGUUCUUCAGAGUGGCCAAGAGUGACGUGGAGACGAGGAGAGCGGUCGGGAAAACACGGCCAUUUUCUCCUUAAAACCCGGUGAAAACAAAAUCCGUUUAGCAUAUGUGCCCGUAAGUGGGAUCAUAACUCACCAUUUCAUCCCGUCCUUAAAGGGCCAAAGUGGUGAGACCAACGUUCGCUCAAGAUGUCCUAACUGCCCUUUAGUGUUGGUAACCUUGAAUGCUCUUCCCUUAGAGCCAAUCUUCUUAAAGAUAAAGAAUUCUUCUCCCACAUCGACAGUAAAAUUACAUUCUUGGUAACCUUUUACACUGCAUGUAAUUUCAAUACAUGCAGUGUCCUCCCUCUCCUCCGUGUUUGACAUUUCAGACAUUUCAGUCCUGGGUUUCAGUGCUCAGCAAAAGCCGCGUAAAAAGGGAAGGGAGUUAGCGGUGAUUUCACUUUCACCUUCGGAAUUUUCCAAUACCACGUGCCUAUCAUGCGAUGCGGCGUCCGUUAAUCGAACGUUCGAUUAUACCAAUCGUUCGGUAAUCGAACGUUCGAUUGGGUUCGAUUACCAAUCGUUCGGUAAUCGAACGUUCGAUUGUGUUCGAUUGGCAAAAUUUUAUUGUGAAUUCGAUUAUGUUCGAUUGAGUUCAGCAGUCGAACGAUUGGUGUUCGAUUGGGUUCGAUUGCCGAACUGUUCGAUUGGAUAGGUCGGGCUCACGUAAGUUUGCAUGAAGAUGUGCUUACACAUAGCACAAACUGCAUGCAAAUUAUUUAAAGACCGGUUUAAAGACACGCUUUCAGUUUCCGCACUGGGUUAUGAUAAAUGCUUUGUUUCCAAAGGUUAUUACAUUAUUACAAUAUCAGGGGCGGAUCCAGGAUUUUUUUUAGGAGGGGGUGCACUCGUCUCUUGCUCUACUUCAACACCAAUAAACCACAUAGUUUUUUUUUUGCAGAAUACCAGUUGUAUUAGAAAACCGCAGGUCAUCUCUAGGGGGGGCUGCGCACCCCCUGUACCCUCCCCCUAGAUCCGGCCAUGAAUAUUCAAACUUAUUUACCUUUUCUGGAACAAACUCAUACUGGAUUUGGCGUUACUCGCUUCACAUCGGCUUCCGCCUCCGCAUGUUUUCUCAGCCCGUUCCCCGAUCUCACGAAAAAAUAGGGGACUGUAAACAGUCCACUACCCAUGCUGCAGAUACUACAAAAAGCCUGAUUAAAAGUCUGCACCUAAUUCUCAUUUUUUUCCCCUUAUAUUUUACCUGGAAUGAUAGAUUAAUCCUUCAUCCUUAGGAAUCUACUCUUUAAUGACGAUUUUAGUCACUCCUCAGGCCCUUAGGGAGGGGAGGUGCGACGGGUGCGCUCGCACCCCCCGACAGGUUCCAUAGGUCCACUUUUUGGUGAUCAAAGAUUAAAACAAAGUGAAUUUAAAGCAUUGUUCUAUUCUAAUUCACUGAUUGUGUAGUAAAAUUGAAAAUACUGUGAAAGAGCUCAUAAGCCUGACUCGCCCUUUCCACAGAACGUGUUUUAGCCUUUAACCCUUUAAAUCCUAAGGUCAAAAUUUGAAUUCUCACUUGUUGCACUUAUUCAUUUCCAACAAAAGUAGCGGGGAGAAGUUGAUAAAAUGUCAAGCAAAUUCAUCUUGUGUGAUCAUAUUCGUAAUUCUCAUGACCACUCUGCUUUACAAAGCAUUGAUAUUACAAGGAGAAAUUUGAUGCUGAUCACUCUUAGGGAUCAAAGGGUUAAACUAUAAAAAAGGGGAUUUGUUGUACCUACAAGGCAUUUACACCUGCUAAUAAGUCACUUUCACCUUCAUUUUUUCCUUAACAAGUGUUUCUUUCACUGAGAGGUCAUGUGGUCUGGUGCUGUAUAGUGAUUUCCUGUGGAUUCUUCUCUUUGCUCUAUCAGAAAUUGACCUCUCAUAGGUGCAAGGAUUUUCCUUUCUCGCUUUAAAAAGCGGCCCAUGAAACUUUAGGGUUUGGUUCCAUAGUUUUCUGCAAAGUGUUGGAUCUGAAUUGUCAGUUUAACAGUAUGACAGGGUAUGAGAUUCCCUGCUAUAGUUUUGACAUGCUCCGACCCAGCUUUAUUUUUGUUUUCGUUUUCUGGCGAGAGCGGUACAACCGUUUCUAACUGGACGCAUUUAUUGGGCCGUUUCAGAGAAUGCGAAUUCUCGUUUUCGAAUUGCCCGUUAAACAGCCAAUUACAAAGGGUGGAUCUCGGAUCCACGUGUGCUUGAAGGAGAUGAAGAUACAUAUUGUAAUUUGUUUUUUGAGCAUCCCUUUUUCUUUGAGCAUAGUUUAAAUUAUCUGCUGUCAGUCUGUGGCAAAAAGGAAUAAUCGAGGCAUGAGAGAGGCUCCCCUCUUGUGCACAUCCACCGUCUAACAGAUAAUAAUAAGGUUGUCUCUUUGCAAAAAAUAAUCAAUUUUGAAGUUCCAAAAUUUGAGAAAUGUCCAUGCCUUUCAAAACAUUUGUAAUACAGUCUCAGACAACCUAGUUCUCCAACCCCCCCCCUCCUACCCAUAGACGUGCUCCUCCGGUCUCGUUUUUGGCUCGCACCUCCCCUUAAAAAAACCUGGCUACGGCCUACUCCUCUGCGCCAAAGACACUCGUUAUCUCUAUGAAUACAUGUAGUACGCUACUGCACAAUGACUUAAUAUUCCGGUCAGUGUAAAACGCAGACCGCACACUGCGGACCAGGGGUAAAAUGCAGAGUGAGUGUGAAAUGCAGACUGCAGAAUGAGAGCAUUUAACGCAGGCUGGCUGCAAAAUGCAGAAUGAAGACUGUAGACUUUUUAAACAUUUGUGCUCCUUAAUUUCUUCUCCAAAUACGUGAAAUAGCGAGCUGGUAUCAGUUUUAUACGUCAGUUACACACCUCGCUUCCUAGUCGAAGUACAUUGCACAUUCGCCAGAAGUUUCAAUGAACAUCCGAACAGCUUAAGUCUGCGUACCUUGAUUUGCAAUACUUUCAUAGAAGGUGAUCUAAAUUUCCUGCAGAUCAUCUUUCUUUGUUGUUGGAAUGAUUUACAGUGAAACCUGUAUUAAGCGGACACACUCGAGGAAUGCUGUAGUGUCCGCUUCGCCAGGGUGUCCGCCUAAUACAAGUUUCAAUAGACAACGUCAUAUGAGGUGUCAAAUGCCAUUCAAAUGAAGAGUAGAAACGUUUAGAACACUCCCAGAGACUAUGACGAUAUACGUUUGCAUUAAUUUGUUUAUCAAAGUGGACCAAUUGAUCAUAGUACCAUAAACAUAGAUUGCAACUCAAAUUUGAAGAAAUCAAAAAUGAGUCAGGGGCACCCAACGAGAAUCUAGUUCAAAGCCACUUAAGCAUAGCAUAGGUAAACGUAUUUUAGCAUUUGAAGGGUAGAUAUAGGCAUACUGUUAUCCCCUAAAAAUUUUUCAUCUGUUCGGAUUUCCUAGCUGAAAGUCUGGUGAUCUGAAAAUUAUAGGGAUCAAAACUUACCUUUUCGAAAAUUUCAGCCAGAAAAAAGGCUCCCGAAAAUUCUAUAGGUGACCUUUUUAGGGUAAAAAUCCGUUAAAAAUGGGCAAUUAUACAAUUUUUUAGAUGUUCGAAAAUCCUGGGAGAGGCAGGCAGGAAAGAAAUUUUACAAAAAAUUUUCCGAAAAUUCUAGAUCUGAAAUCGUCUUCCGAACAGAUAAUUUUUUCGAAAAUUGACGUUGGGUGCCCCUGAUGAGUGAAACAAGCCCUGUACAAACAAAACGAAAUAGAAAACAAUACUGUACUGUGAAACUAAUAAAAUAAGUUCUUCAAGUCACGUUUUUCAAUGUAAAAAUCGAAAAAUUUGUAGGUGGCAAUUCGAGGCAAUCCCAGUUCUCAUUGCCGGUGACUGGCAUGUUGGGUGGUGGAAUUGAAUAAAUGCAGGUUGGCAACAAUAGAAAUGACCAUUUCAGGUACUUUUUAGGUGUCCGCAUCCGCUUAAUAGAGGUAUCCCCUUAAAAAAGGUUUCAUUUAAAGUAAAUGAGGGAAAUAAAUUUUGGGACUUCGGUUACUGUCCGCUUAAUACGGUGUCCACUUAAUACAGGCUAUAUAGGUAGUUUUGUAUCUAACAUGAAAGAGAAAAAAAUUAACGAAAAAAAAUGGAGUAUUUUGCUGGCCAGGAACGGCGCUCUCAUUCUUUACGGCUUACAUUUGAAUAUUUGAUUUCGGGCCCGAAAAGUUACCGGGACUUUCGAGAAAUGGGCCCCAGGGGCGUGUCCUGGCUGUCAAACUACUCCAUUUUGUUUCAUUAACUGAUAGUUUUAUCAUGUAAGAUGCAAAACUAUUGAAAUUUCUAUAAACAACAACAGCAAACAAUUACCAGUUCGGGAGUAUGCCAGUUUUGGAAGAAGCGAAAACAAUAGUCUACGUCACUAACCAUAACAUGAUCACCAUGGCGAUGGUCAUUUUCAAAACAUACAAAAUGGCGGACAAGGGAGAGGAGAGGAAAGAGUAUUGACCAAAAUUCUCGUUUAUUCUUGUUUUAUCGAGCCUUUUAUUUGUCUUCUCGUUACUAUGAAUUGAGAAGUACCUUGAGGACAGGGAGUAACCAUUCGUGCGCUAUAGUUCUUCGCUUAUCGCGCGCUUAGUAGGCACUGCGUACUCACUGCGUAUGCGUAUGUAAUCAGUACAUCGAAAAUAGGUAAGCACGCUAACAAGUUUGUGCCUAUUUAUUUCAUUAUUUUUUUAUAUCAUAAGGAAAAAAGAAUGCUUUGGAAACAACUAAAAAGUGAGUUGUUCUAUGAUUCAUUUCCUUAUGUUUGCUUUCACAGUAAGUGUUAAUGUAAUUUUUCCCGUUGCUUCUGUUUCUCUCCCGCGAGUAAGCGACUGGCCGGAGAAGACGGCUGUAAUUCAGGUUAUUGUUUUGGUGCAGGCGAGUUAUUUGUGGGUAAAAUAUCUGUUUUUUCGAAUAUGAUGUUCUGUUGGUUUAUGUCUUGAAGCGGUUCCGUCCAGGUAUACAACAGGUUUACAAGGGAUUUCUGAGGGUAUUGUGCCCGCGUUUUCUUCUUGAAAACCCACAAAGUGAAAAUCUUACUUAUCAUCCCUGAUAUUUUUUUUUGUCCCGCUUCAAAAAAACCUAUUGCUUUCAAUUAUUCCACUUUCUGAAGUUCACUGAUUAUUUGGUCAAGCUUAACAAAUGCAAGAGGCUCUUAAGAAUUUAAUAUACGUAUUGGAAAACUAAGAAUUAUGCUUGUUACAUGCUUUUGGAUCUAUUGAUUAAAAUGGGAUACUAUAGUCUUGUAGUCCACCGAAUUUGACCAGAGGUCAGAGAUCAACAAGGUUAUGGUUUGUUAUAAAAUAUCCUCUUGUAUGGGAUUUGAUGUUACAUCCGAAUAAUACUAAAUUAUUGUUUUUAACUCUGGGGUUACCUUUAAACCAAAGGCAUUGUAACUUUGAGGAGCACUUUUCUCCAAGUCUUCUCUGUGGGGACCCUCAAACAAUUCUAUAGACAAGGUUUGGCCCAAAAUAAUAAUGAUUACUGCACUUGGCAUGGACACAACAUAAGUUUUCCAAAGUUCUUUUUCAUAGCCGGUUCUUCAUGUUUCUAUUGAACAGCACUUUCAAGAAAACAAAGCUCACACAUCAGAGUAAAGAUACAAUAAAAGUUAUUUAUUGUUACAUCUUGGUGUUUGUAAAUAAACAUUUUAUCUUAGGUCCUGACAGUUAAUUCUUUCCGUAUUACUGUUUUUGAUUCUGACCUGCAUGACUCGCUGCCAUGGCUCGCUGGCUCGCAUAUAAUUAUACACACUCUUUUAUCUCAAAAUCUUGUUUUUUUAACACCUUCUUGGACAUGAAAACCAAAAACCAAAACUUAAUUGAUAUAAUGAAGCAGCUGACAUCAAUUUUCAAUAGUUAUCUUGUGAGAUGUCUCUCAUGUAUUAUUUAUUAGGGAGGAUGAUUUGUAGAGGACGAUGCAUUAACAUAGAUGCUUUUUCAUCAAUAGAAUCUCAAUAAUUUAGGAUUUAUUCAAAUACACACAUAUUCGAUAGUAUGACAUCAAAUGUGGGCUCAUUGCUCAUGCACAGGGAUUGAUGGGGGAGAGUGUGGCAUUUUUCAUGUUUCAGAUUGACCUUUUGCACAGCACAGGGACUGACCAUGUUAUGUAUUUGGCAUCUGUAAAGUAUAAACAAUAUUUGACGCGAGGGAUUGAACAUUAUGUAGAGAAAAUCUUCACAAGCCUCCACUUCCAUGACUCCUUCCUCAUCUAUCUCCUUUAAAGCCCCUUGAAUAAGGGCCACAGUCUCUUCUUCUUGAAUGGUCAUUGAGUGUGAGCUUCCACUCACAAGGUAUAUAAGCCCCCCUCCAACCUGUUUCCCUCUUACCCAUUUUUGAACGGGUCAAAGGAGGGGCUUUUGUGGUGGGUAAGCCUGUGACCACACUACAAAGAAACAAAAAAAACAUAUUUAAUUUUAUUGAGGUAGGGUUGAAUUUGGACAUUAAAUUUUUCAUUACAGUGGAACAUUAGGCGAACCUGAAGCAAUAUUUUGCCCUCAGAGCACAAAUAUGUCGUUCUGAAGAUAUUUAGCAUUUUGUCUUCCUGGUUCCUUUUCUCAGCUUUUUGGCACAAACGCGACAACAUGUUCGUAAUAUCUCCAGAUGUUUGUCUACAUUUUUGACGGAAAGCCUGAUCAAAAUAAAAGAAAUCAAUAUAAGAACCUACUCACACUGAUUUAAAACUCAUUCCACACACAUGAUCUGGAUCAAUGAAGUGAUUUCUAGAUGAUCAUGAGAGUCGCAUACAUUGCCGGUGAACACGACCAAAAACAGACCUGAUCGAUUAUAACUAAAACUACAUAGACAGACUAAGGCAUAACCAUCAAUAUCAGUAACCCUUCCCGUCCGUUGGCAAUUUUCAAUGUGUGGUUGCCAUUUUUACUAGGUUGUUGCCAUCGAUGAAACUUUGCCUGACCACACUUUAAACGUUAUAGUUUUGAGGAAAAUUAGUCUUGACUUCGUAAAAAUUCGGCAAGAUACUGAAAACUAAACAUAAAGUCAUGUACUUACAUUCGAUACCCGUCAAGAUGGCGGCGGCGGCGGCGGCGUCGAAGGCCAUUUGAAUACUGUCGCUUUUAACUACCGAAAUGUGGCGGGAAACUUCCCUUGACAUUCAAAAAGCAAGGAGAAGGCUUCUUCAUCGGUACUGCUUGCUCGGAAGUCCCGGAUAUUGAACGAGGAGAUCUGGAACAGGCUUUGAAAAAAGCUCCCUUCUUUCUUGCUUGUUUUUUCCUAUUUUUGCGUGUUUUUAGCAGAACAAUGGAAUCAUGACGUCAUCGCUUCUUCCAAAACUUGCAUACUCCCGAACUGAUUACGUGUGAUCACAGGAUCAGAUGUAGCCGAUUGCGUAAACUAGCGGAUCAUGUGAUGGCUUGCGAAACAGCAUUCAUUAAAGCAUCAAUAAGCGAGAAUUAUGACACAGAGUGACUUCCGCCUGCCGGUUGAAGAUCAGAAGAACGCGAAUGAAAGCAUACAAAAUUAGAUUUGCAAAUUGCAAGGGUGACUUGGAGAGCUUUUUUGAAAGCUAAGUCCAAUCGACUAUCUUCGACCUUUUGAAGUGACCUGAUUCACCUGCGAAAAUGUCUUCCAUAACCACCCCAGCAUUCGAGGACACAGUAGACUUUUUUAUGUGUCACCUCCUCAGUUUGGUCAGUAUGGAAAACAGAAAACAGUGAAAAUAGUAUUCUUUGAGAUCCCCCUCUUCUGGGCCAACUUUUUAUUUGCGUUUCUAGCGGUAACAGGUCAGGUUGGGCAGAACGUAAGCCUUCCUCUGUGGGUUGACUCUACAAAUGCAAACACUUCAGGGCCAACGGUGGACAGCUAUUUCGUCUUGUCAUUUGCCAGUUUGUCCUUCGUCAUAAUAUUUGGUCUGGGAACGCUGCUCAUUCGGAUUAUCUCGCCUCAAGAACUCGGCGAAACUGAAAAACGCUUUCCUCAUCGUCUGCUAUUUUUGGUUGGCUUUUGCGAUGCCCUUAAUGGCUUACUGGUUGUGUUUGCAAGCAAGGGAUCGCGGACACCGCCAUAUCUUCAAGCGAUCCUUGGAAACUUCAUUAUUCCACUGACUGUUUUGUUCAGGUGAGUGCACAUAUUUACUUGAAAAUUUAUGCGUGCGGCCGGCAUUGUCAUGAACAUCGAAGCGGAUGAUUUAACAUUAAGUGGCCCCUGCCCUUCGACCUUGUAACAGUAAUGGCAAGGAGUCACGCCAACCGUUCACGCCAUGAUGUAAGUUUAACGAGAGAGACCCAACGGGAAAAAUAUCCGUAUUUUGCCUGUAGUUGCAUAAAGCAAACGACGCAAUUUUAAAUUAACGGCAAACACAAUGAACACGCUAGCCGGCAUUCGUGAACAAAAGACGCUGAAUAUUCGUUUGUGUUGAACAAUGAUGGUGAUUUUAGUGAAUUCAUAUUAAAAUCAUUAUUUGUCCACCGCCGCUUCAGCUGACGCGUACACGAUGUUAUACUUUCCGCACUGUAUUUCUUUUUGAAAAAAUAAAUUUGUCCUCCAAGUCUCGCGCUGAAAUCCCCGUAGAAGAUACAGUAAAAACCCACGAGUAAGAACCUAAGAUUUAAGAACCUGUUAGGCUAAAAUUUUGUAAUUUAGACCCCCUCUAUAUAAGAACCUCCCUAGCCUAAAAUUUGGAGAAAGGUUCUUAUAUAAAUAUUGUUUGAUUGAGGUCAUUGAGAAAAUGUUUAUAAUAUUGUGUUUUACAGCACAAUCAUGUAUAUAAAGUUGUUUUGACUCAAGAAAUAAAAAUUCAUGUGAGAAUAGAUCUCUAUUAUGGUCAUAUUAAAAUUACAAGCAACAUUAGGUAUGCAAAUUUAAGGGUGCUGAUCACUAAAAUCUUCUUAGCAACGACAUAACUUUUUGGAAGAAAUUAAGAACCUAUUAAGAACCUAGAUAGCCUAAAUUUAUGUUAACCACCGUUUAUGUAAGAACCUGUUUAGGCUAACCCUGGAAAAUGUAGGUUCUUACUCGUGGGUUUUUACUGUAUCUUCACUGCUUGAUCCCAAUUAUGCUUUGCAUGCAACGGCCCGGCGAAACAAAGACCCUUGUAAAGCCAGUUCCGGUCAUCGCAACCCAAUCAGUAGAACAUAUAACAGGAAAAUUAAAAUUUUUAGUACUACUAUGAGAUCUUCAGCAAGAAAAACACGGCGUAAAGCUUUUCUUUGCGCCGGCUUUAAAGUAAACGGCAAUCUCUUCUAAGUACUAUUGGCUCAGUUCUUCUGCCCGCAGUGUUCUGCCGUUGUCAUUUGUAUUUGGAAACGUGCUGCACGUGUGUUUUGCUUAGAAGACUCGAAUUUCCACUGCCUGACAAACAACAGACUAACUCUUAGCGAAUGGUGAAUUCUACGCACUGUCAAAGAAAACGGAAAACUAGGGCCUUCGCUGCAGGCGCAUCAGGGGCACCCAACGACAAUUUUCGGAAAAAUAUCUGUUCGGAAGACGAUUUGAGAACUAGAAUUUUCGGAACAUUUGUUGUAAAAUUUCUUCCUUGCCUGCUUCUCCUAGGAUUUUCGAACAUCUAAAAAAUGGUAUAAUUGCCUAUUUUUAACGGAUUUUUACCCUAAAAAGGUCACCUAGAAUUUUCGGGAGCCUUUUUUCUGGCUGAAAUUUUCGAAAAGGUAAGUUUUGAUCCCUAUAAUUUUCGGAUCACUAGACUUUCAGCUAGGAAAUCCGAACAGAUGAAAAAUUUCUAGGGGAUAAAAAUAUGCCUUAUAUAUCUACCGUUUAAAUACCAAAAUACGUUUAACAAUGCUAUGUUUAAGUGGUUUUGAACUAUAUUCUCGUUGGGUGCCCCUGGCGCAUUCUCACCCCUUCUCGCGCUCACCUCGCGCUCUAUAACCAUGAUAAAAACUACCGAGCCUGGCGCCUGCUACGCAGGCUAAGAACUAACAAAACAUCACGGCUGUUUAACCUCGUAUACCGUGAACCCUCUAUCGUUUUGUUUUCCUGUUUUUUAUUGUAAGGCCUUCCUUCCUCUACCCUGCGGCGAGCAGAGGUUUUUCUCUUGUUCUCUUGCAUGGCUUUCAGCGUUUACGAAGUCGUUCGCGUCGCUUGUCAGUCGCGCAGUUCGUUUAAGCGAGAGAACGACUUCGUGAACUCUAAAACCCAUGUAAGAAAGAAACCUCUGCUCCCAUGGUAUCCUUCCUCGUUUUUGGGCUAGUCUUUUUCCACACUGCCGAGAUUCACCUAGCAGACGAAUGAUAAAGUUAUCUAUUAAUGGCUCAUUGGUUUGGAUGCACGAAUAACCUCGGUUGCAUAAAUAACCAAAUUUUCUUUCCCAUGGUGCUCUGCUAUAAAUACAGUAGAUUACGUUUUAAAAGUGCACUUAGCUUAAUCACUUUUUUUAAAGUUUGUUUUCCGCAACACUGACCUAUUUUAUUUGACUGAGUUAGAUUCGACGUCUGAAAUCAACUCGUGCUACAGUUGUGUUUAGGGUCUUGCUGAAGUCGAGCCAGCUUAGAACGGCAUUAGCACGGCGUUUGAAACAGGCCUGAUUCACCCUGGAAAUCGCUUCUUAUCUCAUUUUUAUUAUGGAUUGCAUAUAUUACAAACACAAUGAUACACCGUGGAAAAGAUGAUAAAAUUGUAUUCUUACACCUGAAUAAUACUUAGAAUUCUCCUCUUUUUUCUAACACAACAUACACGAUUUAAACAAGAAGAAUGAGAGAAAAAACCGGAGUGGAACGCCAUUAAAAAAAAGGCGAGCCAAGCGGUGGACUGGGGAGGGGGAAAGGGCUCUGAACCUUGACCUUUCCCUCGGCAAGAUAGUAUAGCUCGGUUCUUUGUAAUAAUAUUUCCACCUCUAUGUUGCAGGUUGGUCAUUUUACGCAAGAAACCGACCCGUUUAAAGCUGUUAUGUGCCCUUGUCGUGUUUGUCGGUCUUUUUGUUUCCCUCAUUCCAACAAUUUUCCCACAAGUUGAUCCCAAGGCAGAGAAAACAAAGAACGAAGCCCAUGGCGCGUCAAGAGUGUUGUGGCCAAUCAUCUUCAUGCUUGGGUUUGUAAGUACCUCUUGUUUGUUCCGCACAAAAAUCCCAUAAAGUGAAAGAUGGGAGACUUGAGCUCAGACAGAAAAUAGGGAAACUUUUAAGGAACGAGAUUGGUUCAAAAUUAAGGUGUGAAAAUUCCUUGUCUUCACGCCUAGAAUGCGGAUAGAGGGGGUAUCAAUAAAUCGUCCUUCCCCUGGCUUGCUGGUCUAAAAUGUCCCAGUCUUCUCCCCUAAAGAGGUGACCUCAGGAGUUUUUAUCUUUUCUUAAUUGAUGUAGUAAGAAGUCUAGCUGACAUAGAUCUUUAUUAUCAGUAAAAAAAAACACGUUGUAUUGUCUUGCCUUGCCUCCGAUCAGAGCUUUGCUUAGUUUUUCUUUCACUUUCUCCCUAGGUUCCAGCAGCCGUUAUGAAUGUGUUAGAGGAACGGGGUGUAAAGAUGGAGAUUACGGAAAGCAAGGGAUCAAAAAAGGGAAUCAACUUGGUUUAUUUUCUAUUCUGGACCUCGUUGUACCAACUGCUUUGCGUGUCUUUGUUCUUUUGGGCGGAUUUCCUUCCCUGGUAUGGCCAAGUGGACAAUAUCAGAGAAUUUGGAAAAAAGUACGUCCUUUUGUUUUGUUGUCAGGACGAAAAUUGGUUGGCUUGUCACACCACCUCAUUUGAAAAGUGCGAGUUGGAAAGGGAUUUUGCGCGUUUUUCCACCCAAAUAUGUUGGAGAAAGUAAAAGGUAGCCAUACUUUUCGCAACAAAACUCCGCUGUACCCACUGCGCGUUUUACCGCCCCAACUCCAGUGUAUGGCGUGACUCGCGCGCAAUUUUAUCUAAUCAGAAGUCAGUAUUCACGCAACUUGCAGCAACCUGAUUUUUAUUGCAAAACAGAUUUGAAUGUGGGUGGGGCAACGCCCAACAUCACUUUUCAGCUCGUUUGCAAUGCUGUUGUUGAUGAUCCUGUUUGGAGACAUCGGAUUUUUUUUAAGAGCGAUCUUUUCUCGUCUUUUUUGUAGCUGGUGGUACGGAAUUCAAUGCUUCUUUCACGGAGCAGGUUGCAGUUCCACAUCAGGUAUCAGAGGAACCAUGUUUAUCCUCAUGUACGUUGUGUCUUAUGUUGGUGGAGCAAAUCUUUUGAGACACGCUGAAGGAGCAACCUGGCUGGCGAUUGUCACGGUAAAACGACUCACUAAAUUGACCUUCUCUGCGUGGAAUUAAUAUUUUAGAAAGAAGCUGGUAUUGCGUAUUAUUAUAUGGCCAUGUCUCAAAAGGACUGGAAACAAACAAAUUCAAGAAUUUGAUUGGCUAAAUUCGAUCUUGACCGCGGUCUAGAUUUUCCGAUCUAGACCGGUAUCUAGACCGACCUUGUUGUAACAGUUGUCCUCAAAAAGUUACAAACAAAGAAUAUGAAAAAAUUGGCUUUUUUGUUCAAAGUUUGUACAAAGCUGGACUUUGAACAGUUAUUUUCGUCCCGUUUGGACUGGAGACCAGUGACAGAAGAAAGCCAGCUAAAUGCUUGAGCCCGCGCAGGGAAGCAAAUAAAAUUAUUUAUGUUUUUGUUCCUUUGCUUUCUUGUUUGGCCAUAUAAUAAACAUCUUAUUAACCGAGCUAGGUUGGUCUGUAUGGGAGAAUCUUCACCUCGGUUGCUGGUACAGACCUCACGCUCGGUUUUAAGAGCUAAUUAUUUUGCCUAGUGCCUAGGCCUCAAUUGGGCGCGGCCGAUGCGUUUCGGGUCACGUGGUCCAAGCGAGUUUUUGAGGAUACGUCACCGAAGUGCAUUGACCAAGAAGAACUUGAAAGACAUGAAAAAAGUGAAAUCGACUGCACGCAUAAGGCCUAAUUAAUGAGUGGAGAGCACGGAUCUGAAGUUACCAACGUUCCUAUGCCGUUUAUUUCAUUUCCAGCGCUUACAUGGGUCAUCUGUGUCAUCGCAUUGACCGCAUAGCUUUUAAACAGGCUCCUGAAAAUGUAACUGAGAAACUUUGAAUGCAGAGAACCACACAACUGCAGAUUAAAGCUCAGCCAAAAGGGCCAACACUUUUUGCCUGAUCUCUUUUUGUUAAAUGCUCCUACCAGACGACAAUGUGACAUGCAAAAAUGCAAACUUCAUCGCAAGGCUAUCUCCACGAUGGAAUGUCAACUUUCAGUAAGAGAAAUAAAGGAAAAAUAGACCAUUCCCGAGUUCCAUACGCCCUCACUUUAAAAAUUGGCCUAUUCAUACAUCUGAUACAUCGACGGGUCUCGCGCAUUGUUGAUAUAUCGCUCAGUCCGAAAUAUGAUAACAGGAAUAGAAACUACCAUUCUUUGUUAAUCAGGUGAUGAUUCGGAGAUUCAAUUAUUGACUGGAAUGUGGCGAAAUGGGAGAAAAGAGUCUUGAUCUUAAUUGGCCAGUGAACAAACAAAGUUGGCCGACAAGUUUUUUCGUCGUAUAUUACGCACUAACAACCUUGCAGGUGCACCAGUUCAUUUUCAUAAAGAAAAUUGGGGUGGAGCAAUUUUCUUUAACUUCUGUUCUUCUGUGAUAUCAUUAUUCAUCUUCAUUCAAAAUCUUGCGAAGGGGAAACCAUCACGCAAGACAUAAUAAAUGAAAUUAAUUAAUAAAAAUGUCCUAGAACUAUGGAUUCUGGGGCAGGUUUCGCCAUUGCCAGUGAAGUUAAUGAUUCUUGAUUGCUUUUGUUUCAUGUAGUCCCUCGUUACACCUUUAGGAUUCAUUUUCUGGACUUUGUUCACUGAAUCACCGUUCAAGUGGCAUCCGGAAGGUCACGUGAGCACCUGGUUCAGUAUCGGCGCGCUUGGGCUCAUGGUUCCCGCCAUUUUUGUUUACAACAUGGGGUAA